GGCCAGCCGCACGGUUGAUACUUCGACGACGACGAUGAUAAGGAUUCGGAGAGUAAUUACGCAUCGAAUUCCGGAGCUACUCUUUCAACCCCACGGAAUCCCAGCGACCACGACAACGAGAUUAGCGACGAGUACUGCGCCGAGGAUUUUAGAACACCGAAGGGAUAAAACAUCGGGGGCGUGUCUUGAGAGAGAGAAAGAGAGAGAACUGCAUUGUUUGAAAACCGUUUUGAUUUAUGCUUCGCGAACCGUGACGGAUGUGUGCGCGAAGAAGAAUCUCGAUGGGAUUUUCGAAUCGUGAGGUAAAUUUCCGAGAGGCUUCUGUUGCCCUGGAAUUUCGGCGUGUAUCAAUUCGCCCUUUUAAUACCGAAUGAAACUCGCUGCGAGAGGCCCACUAAACGCCCACGAGUUACGAGUUAAGGCAAAUUUAACUUUGAAACAUUAGUAGGAAACGCGUUUAAAAUCUCCCUCCAGCAGUACUACCGACGAGAGUGUAUAAAUUUUCAAGCGCUAUUUGACUUUUACUCGGUCCGCGCGCGUACGUUUCUUCUCAAUUAUUCGCGCGCGGAGAAACUGUAUCGGCCGCACUGCAUCAUCCCUAUCUUUUCGCGCCGCGUAGGUAUACGGAGAAGAGGACGAGGCGCGAGAGAUAAGCUUAAUUCAUCACCGCGCGCGCGCGCAUAGUGUAAACAGCUUUUUCACCCGCGGAGAACAUAUUAUCUAGUUAUUUAUACGUUACACAAUGCGCGCGCGCGCGCGUGUUCGAAUUUCAAUCGCUCGUUUCUAUUGAAUAUACAUCUCGCGCGCACAGCGAGGUAGAGCGUGUGCAGGAUCUCAUAUUAAAUGGAUGCGCCGCUGUAUACUCUCGGACCGAAAGUUAAUGCACCACUUGUUGAGGCAUUGAUAAAUUGCUUGGUGGUCGAUUGCUCGCAAGCGCGAACGUCGCUCUUUAGUUGCGAAGCUUUUAUUGGACUUUGAUGUCAGUUUAUGAUGUCAGAGCGUAUGCGCGUGAUGCCAUUUGCGCCCUAGCUCUCUCGAUUAAUAUCGAGGGCUUCGUUUUAAAUAGCUUUAACCUCGGGAUCUCUCUCUGGUGGUGGUUAGCCCGCGGCGCUAAUAAAUUUUCAUUCGUUCGCGGCUACACGCAGGUGCGGGCCCGCAUCGUCGUACAUACAUACAUUUUCUGCGCCGCUAAUUAUUGCUGCAUAAUCGUGCAACCGGACGCGCGUCUAUACACCCCCUCGUUUUUCUCGCACAUACGCGUGUGGGUAUACAUAGCGCGGCGAUGCACACAUGGAAAACAGGAGCGGCGGACGAAUUUUAAUGCCUCUCUCUCUCUCUCUCUCUCUCGUUUGAAUUUUCAUUAUACGCCCGGCGAAUAGAACUUUCGACUGGGUUAUACGGCGAACUUUAAUUGAGUAUUCGGCUGAAUUUCAUUUUCGUCACUCGAAAUACGAGCGACUGUGUGUCUGUUUACUUUUAAAACGCGGAAUUAUGUAAAAUGCAGCGCGCGCAAGGCUGCGCGUUUAUGUCUCGCGCGGGAGUGUACAGGGCUCGAACUUUCCGGUUUUCGUUCCUUUUUUUUUUCUCGCGAGACACUUUAUUGGCUCUAAUUAGGGAAGCGAGUGGCGAUAAACGUCUUAUGAUUUUCUAUUUUUUCCAGCUUCGGCUUGAAAAUCAUCCCGAGAUAAGACGCGACUAUAACUUUUUAAUGGGAUUUACGAGCGCGAAAAUUUUAAAUUCAAAACCGCGGCGUCGGAUGGAAAAUGUCGCCUCGGAGAGCCGUAAAUUAUUCGUAAUUAUACGAGACUCUUAUGUUUAUCGACAUCGAUACUCACUCCCCGCGCGGCGGUUUUUUUCAUGGAAACUCUCGCGUUCCCAGCGGGUGGCAUAUCAACAUCGACGAGAGAAAAAAACUAAUUGUUUCAUCGCGCUCGAAGAAACAAUCGAUCGGGAAGGGAAAGUAAUAGCGCAGUAGUCGUUAAAAGCCACUGCGCGCGGAAGAGGCUAUAAAAUUGUAAAGCUGCAAGCGCAAACUCGAGAUUGCCUAAUUUUAUUUGCACUCUCCCUCUCUCGUCGCUAUCCCAAAGACGAGCGCGCGACACUUUGGAAAUUUGAAUAUGUGCUGCAGCCGCGCUCCUGAAUAUUCAUCGUUACAGCGUCUCUCUCUCUCUCUCUCUCUCUCUGUCUGUCUUUGUUCCUGAAACCCCUGCGGGUAUGUGCGCACGCGAUGAUGUUUACGCCGCGAACGAAUGCGCGCGUUCUGAUUAUUGUUUAUUCGCUGGAUAUUUCGGGAGUUUGCGGUCAGCCCUGAUUACGAUCUUUACACACUCGCAAAUCAUUAUCAAUCAGGUGUAUUAAUUUUAAAUGCGAUGCUUGUGAUUCAUUGCGCUCGGCGGUGAAAUAAAAGUAACGACGCACCGCUGAAAUUCCAGAUGAAAAGAUAUACGGAGCUAAGUUGCGCGUGAUUUAUUCGCCGUCGAUAUCAUUAAAUCCAAUCGCGCCGAGAAAAAUUCGGCCGGCGUAUAUCAGCUUACCGGGCCGUUACUGUCGCAUCGUAAUUUCAUUCGCGGCGCUCAAGGCCGCGGCGAGCUGUUCAGCACUUCUGGCGCUUUAGGGUAAAGUGUCGAAUUACAGCGUUUCGCCGUUAAACGAUCGCAUUUCGAGCAUCCCUUCGGUGUUUACAGCAAACACAAACGUUUACAACCUCGUCUCCGACGAGCAUUUCCAAGCGCCUCGACGCACAUGCCCGGCGGGCCCGGAAUCGAGUAAACGAGUAUAGGUAGCUCGCAUAGGAGGUGGGAGGAGCCGCGUGUGACGUCGUGCGCGCACCUUCACCGCCAAUUUCGCUGCACUUGGCUGCGGCUUUUCAAGGCCCGCUGAGAGAGAGAGAGAGAGAGAGAGAGAGAGAGAGAACCGGAGCUCUCGUAAAACAGAGCGUGUAUACACACAUCCUAUAGAGCGGGGAGUGAGAGGGAGUGGGCCCCGCGCCAGCUGUAUUUCAUCCGAUGCCGGGGGAGCAUCGAACGACCUUGGUGACGUAAAAAUGCCCCGGCUCGCUGCAGGAUGUCGGGAAAACAAGCAAUUAAUGCGCCGGAGAUCGUAACUGGCAGAUUGUUUAUUUAUUUAUUUUUUUUUUCGCUUCGUCUCUGUUUUCGUACGGCGGACGGUUAGAAAAUAUUUUACAAUCGGAAUUGAAUACAGCGACUGUUAUUACUGCGCGGCUAUUUGUUAUUCUUUCGCAAGGCCGUCGUCGCUGGCGUAUAAAAAUGAAUAUCAAAAGCCAGCAGAAGAAUGGCAUUUCAUCUCGGAGAUCGCGCAUUAUGCAUGCGCCGUUAUGAGGUAACAGUGUUUUACACUCACAUUGUUCGGACAAUUCGCUAUAUACGAUAUAUCGUUUGGGAAAUUGUGGAACUGCUCUAAUUAGAACUAUAUGCACGAUUGCCACGGAAACAUAAUAUGCUUACAUCAUCAUAGUGCGCACGCGCGCGAACGAGAGAUGCUCGAGAGAUUAGCCGCGACGGCUGCAGAGUUAAAUAACUCGAGAAUACAGCUUUGACACGCAACGCUAUAUACUGGCCAUUUCGAGUAUCGAUCUGAAUAUUGAGAUCUCUGCUUUCAUUCCAUAUUCAUGCUGUCGUGCGCAUACACGGGGAUUUCAUAUUCCUCUUCGACAUAAUGCGCUUUUCAUGAUCAUUAUCGAAGAUUUGAAUAGUUAACGAGCGCUCGGAAAUCUCUCUGAAUGUACUGCGCAACCAUCGGUUAUUGAGGAAAUUUUUCCACCUAUGAGCAUUCCCUAUUUGUUUAUCGGAUUAACGUAUUUACUAUGCGAAAACAAAUCCGUAUCAGGAAGAGUAGAGACAGAUCGAUCGGCGGAUAAACCGAUCCGAUCCGAUAUAGUUUCCGUUUAAAAUAAAGUCAUAUCCUACGCGGAUGCCCCGGGGCUAAGAAGCGUUUUAUUUUUUUUUCGUACGAAAGAGCAACGCCCGAAUUCGCGCUUCCGCGUACGUAUGCGCGAUUCAAAUUCACAACGGGCGAGAAAUUAAGUAGAUAGCGGUCGAGUUUGGUUAGACGGCUAAAAUUUUAUCACUCUCUUUCCCGCGCCCGAAAGAAGCCCCUUUGAUGCCGCGCGUUGAAAUUAAAAAAAAGCUCCCCCGAGGUUGGAACUUUCGGAUUCUCGUUAACUGCCUCGCGUGCCGCGAAUGCUUGAUAAUUCUUUUCGGGCCCUUUGCGACGCUAACUCCAAUUUUUUUUUUUUUUUUUUUUUCAAAAGAGACCAAAGUUUUGCAGCGCGUUUAGUGGUCAACGAGGAAAACCGUCGCAGUGUCGUAGUUUAUUUUGGCCGCGGCGAUUGAUAAAGAUUAACAGGUUUUAGCGGAUCGAGAGACGCUCGCGUGCGAGGUCGCUGCGCGAAUUAUACUGUAGCGGGAGCGAGUACUCGUUCUGUAUUUAGCGCCAGCGCGCGAUUAUAAAGUUUCCGGGCGCCUUUCGAAUAUACGUUGCUUCGAUGUAGAACAAAAGUAGCAGCAGCCAUUGUGCGCUUGUUUUUUUCCGCUGCUUCGUCGUCGUGAUUUUGAUUUGUCGUCGCGAGGGAGACGCUCUUAGAAAGCGCGACGCUGUAGAUUAGAAUUGAAUAAUCGAACGAACGCGGCCGCGUUCGCGACAGCCGAAAUUUUCAAUGUCGCUCGCACACAAUCAACUCGGCCUUUUUUAGACUUCGGGAGCGCGGUUUUCGAGGUGCUGUAAAUUGAAGCGAUCCCAAGGUCCGAAGACGUGUAUCCGAACGGACAAUUCUCUCGGUGUAAUGGCUUAUUGCAUAUCUGAUCCCUCGAUUGAGAAAUACGUCAGUGGCGCCCAAUGAGACGCCCGUGUAGUAUUAUUGCAUUAUAGCGGAGAAAAGCCAAAGUACAAUAUUUAUCGUGCGAUAAAGUAUACCUUCCUCCUUGUGCAAUUAAGAAUAAUCCUCACCUCGAAAACGUCUCAGUCUUAUCUCUCCGAGCAAAGACACAUCCGCCGCAGCGACGUAUCAGUCUCUCUCGAGGAAACAAUACACCGAAGUGACACUCGGUCGCGUUUACAAAUCCCGCCCGGCAUAUCCAUCUCGCCGCGCUGUACACAUCAUCUCAUUAUAAUGCAUAAUAUAACGCGCGCGCGGCAGCUAGAGAGACAGUUUCGCCUCUCGUAACGCCGGCUUACCUAUACGCGCGCCGGUAUUACCUUGCGCAACUACUCCCGAGGAUAUCCAAAUCCCUGCGGCCGAUUGACGUUGACGCGAGACCCUUUUUCCAUAAGCCCGAGGAAAAGAAACGUGCGUAGAGACGCAAUCGUACAUAGGCGCAGUUUCGUCAUCCGCUGCUGUUGGAAAACCGUAAAAGAAGACAAAUAUAUGAGCCUAGGGAGGAUACUCGCACAAAGCGAGCGAGAGAGAGAGACGCAAAAAAGCUCUCGCACUCGAGGCGAUCGGGAUAUUAAGGCAGGGCGGAGAGCGAGAGAAAGAGGCGAGAGAGUGAGCGGAAUUCGGUUGUCCUUCGCCGGAUGAACCUGCCGCGCGGCUGGUAGCGCGCUCGGUUCCUGGUCGCGCGGCCGAGCUAUAAAAGUCAAAAGCCGCCCGUUGGAGCUCACACUUCGAGCACGCAGCUUCAAGCAGCAGCACCAUGAUCUCCCUCGCACUCGUCCCUCUGCUGGUCGCCUCGGCGCUGGCCGGCGACAUCGUCGCCCACUCGUACGAGCCGCUGCCCCAGUACAGCCAGGAGUCGAACUCGGCGACCGGCGAGUACGGCUACAGCUACUCCGGCGGCCCGUCCUCCAAGACUGAGUUCCGCGCCCUCGACGGCACGACCACCGGCGCCUACAGCUACGUCGACGCCCACGGCAUCCUCCAGACCGUCAACUACAUCGCCGACGAGUUCGGAUUCCGCGCAGCCGGCACCAACAUCCCCGUCGACGGAGCCGUGCCUCUCGACGCUCCCGACGUAGCCGCCGUCAAGGCCGCCCACCUGGCCGAGCACUCGCGCGCCACCCUCGCCGCCCUCAGCCACCAGAGGAAGAAGCGCGGCAUCGCCUACGCCGCCCCGGCCAUCCUCCCGGUGGCCCACGCCGCCCUGCCCAUCGCCACCAGCAGCCAGUCCCGCUUCCAGGUGCACAGCGGCGCCAAGAUCAUCUCCCAGCAGCUGCUCGCCGCCCCGGCCGGUCUGCUCUACCGCAAGAAGCGCGGAAUCGCCGCCUACGCCGCCCCGCUGCCCGCCAGCUCCGCCAAGAUCUACGAGGAAUUCGCCAGCCGCCCGAGCUUCUUCGCCUACGCCGCAGCCCCGGCCCCGAUCGUCAAGACCGUGACCCAGCACCUGCCCCUGGCCACCAGCAGCCAGUCGCGCUUCCAGGUGCACAACGGAGCCAAGAUCAUCGAGGAGAUUUCGACCCCGAUCGCCGCCCCCGUCUUCGAGUCGCUUCCUCUGGCCACCUCGAACCAGGCCCGCUUCCAGAUCCACAACGGCGCCAAGAUCAUCCAGGAGUUCCACCAGCCCCUCUACGCCGCCGCGGCCGCCCCGGCCGCCAUCCACACCGAAGCCAUCCUGCCCAGCGAGUUCGCCCCGGCUGGACCCGCGCCCGCUCCGAUCGCCCCCGCCAACGAGAACGACGCCAUCUCCGUGGAGAGCGCCUAAGCUCGCCCCAUAAUCGUUGUUGUCACCGCUAACAGUCCCAGUCGCGAGGACUCUCGAAGAGGAGUUGCCUUCGCGACAACUCCGACUUUUCGCGCGCGCGCAACUGAGCCUCCGUCGGCGCCGAGCUGCCGCAGAGGCUCCCAGCGUGUGUGUGCAGUGUGUGUUCAUUGUCCAGUCGUUACACGCACUGUCGUCGUCGUUUCUUCAUUGUACAACUCUUUUUCUUUUUUCUACAAAUAUGUACGCGCACGAUGGCCGCGUUGUGAUAUAAAUAAAAAAAAAAUCACAUAUUUAAA